AUGGUUUUGAGGUGGAGAGGGUGGCGAAGCAUAGAGACGGCGUGGGUAAUGAAGACAAAUGAAUUUCGAAGCUGGGUCAUCUUGUGGGAAGGAGCUGUUCUGUUAUUUUCAUGUGGGGGGAAAUUUGUGACAAAUGGUGAAGGUGAAGUGAGAUAUAAUGGAGGUGGCGUGAGGUUAAGAAGCAUUAAGGAUGGGCCGACACUUGAUGAAUUGAGGCUAAUGAUAUCUAAGUGGAUUGGUGGUAAUGGAAGAAAUUAUGACAUUAAGUACACAGCGGCCUUUGAUGAGAAGACAUUGAUUGACCUUCGUGACAAUGCUGAAAUGUAUAACCUCUUUCAAUACAAUGGGAACAACGAUUAUGUGUAUAUGGCCAAAAAAAGACAAAACAGAGAAUUCAUGGGCAUGUCACAGCAAACAGAACUGGAUGCGUCUCCCAUUAGUUUGUGUUGUGAUUAUGGCUGGCUCAGUGAAGAAAAUGCUCGUGAAUGUGACAAUGACGAAAUAAGUGGGCCCCCUAAUGUGGAUACAUCUAUCGGAGCUGAAGAUACGGAUGGUAGUGAGAUGGUUCAUGCGGAAUGGAGGGGACUUUUUACAGGAGUGGGCCAACGUUUUCCUAGUGCAGAUAUAUUUCGGGUGUCUGCAUACAAGUUUGCACUUGUAAACAAGUUUGUGGCCAAGUAUGUGAGGAAUAGCAAGGAAUUCAUGUCAAUGAGGUGUAAAGUUGAGGGUUGUCCAUGGAAGCUAUGUGCAAAUCAUGUGGGGAAGAGUUGUGAUGUGCUACGAGUGACAACAUUUAUAAACUGGCAUGUUCAUUCUGCCCAAGAUAGCUUGGACGUGAUGCAUAGUGGAAGAGCUAGUUUGAACUCACCAAUAAUAAUUGAUGAGAUGAGGGAUCAUGCAGACAAGCGCACUUCUGAGAUAAGGAAGAGAUUGAAACGAGAGUAUGGGAUUGAUCUAACAUAUAAACAAGCUUAUAGAGCAAGAGAGAAGUCAUUGGAAGACAUAUAUGGCAGGCCUGAACAAUCAUACAUGCUCAUACCAUGGGUAUGCGAAAGGAUAAAGGAAACAAAUGAAAAAUCCGUGGCUAAAUGGACUGCUAUUAGGAAUCGGUUUGAGCGUGUUUUCAUUGCCUACAGGGCAUGCAUUGAGGGUUUCUUGGGUGGCGCGAAGCAUAUUAUGUAUGUUGAUGGAACUCACUUAAACGGACCAUACAAGGGGACAAUGUUGUCAGCUUCAGCUUAUGAUGCAGAUAACGAGCUGCUGCCGUUUGCAAUUGCAAUUGUGAAGGGAGAAACACUAGAUGACUGGACGUGGUUUUUCUAUAUGAUAAAAAAAAUCCUGGGUUCUGUGGAAGUAACGAUUGUAUCAGAUCGACACAAUGCUAUCAUCGGAGGAGUGGCAUCAAUCUUUGGGGGUAAAGGCAUGCCUUUUGUUAUAGACACAUCAAGGAGAAUUUUAGUUUAG